AUGGCGCCCACGGCCGCGCCCGUGUGGAGCCUGACGCCGCCGUCCGAGUUCAAGCCCAGCGGCCACGAGAUCAUCGCGCAGUACCUCACCCCCAGGGCGCUCCGCGGCGACACCGCCGCCGCCCCCGACCUCGUCGCGGACGACGUCGACGUCUUCUCCGCCGCGACCCCCGCGGCACUCCCCUUCCCCCACAGCAGCGGCAGCCGCAGCGGGGAGGUGUGGGGCUACUUCUACGGGGACUACCCCAUCGACGGCGCGCGGCCGGUGCCUGGCGGGUACUGGGUGCGGUACGGCCCCGAGAAGGAGUACGUGCGCGGCCACGGCCGCGCCAAGGAGGCGAUCGCGUUCCGACGCAGGCUCGUCUUCCUCACGGCCAUGGAGGGCGGCGACGGCAGGGUGGUCGUGGGCCCGUCGCCGUUCUUCAUGAAGGAGUACCGGCUCAACAAGGGCGCCACCGCCUUCCGCGCCGCCUCCAUCCGGCCCGGCCCCAAGGCGAACAUGGACUGCGUGGUCCGCAAGAUCUUCGCGAAGACGCCGCCGCCUCCGCCGGCGUGCAGCUCCGUCGAGCAGGAGAUCCCGGCGUCCAGGUACGUGGACGAGGAUGCCGGGUACUCCAGCGACGAGGACCAGAAGCGCUACCGCUGCCACGUCGAGGAAGAACCGGCGAGGAGGCGCGGGCCGCUCUUGCUUGUGUGA